AGGGUGUGGAUGCGUGUGAGAAAGAAAGAGUGGGAAAAGACAAAAGGACGGACAAGAAGAACGAAGAAGAGUAGUAGGAGAUUGGGAAGAACGGAUAAGAUCACUUUAGACCCCGUCAGAUUGGUCUAGUCCUUGUGGCAGGACUGGCACGGGAAAGUAAGUAGUUCGUGAUAAUCACAGUUGACCCUCGCCCCCAAUUGUUAUAGUCCCUUAAAUCCCGAGUUGAUGGAGGAGGGCUUAGGGAAAAUGGGUAGUCGAUCGAUCCUCACGGUCGAGAUUGUAUUGGAUGUAUGUUAUAUUGGACUAGUGCAUUUCCCGGGACCCAAGGGGAGGAAUAUCGGGGAGGGGAAAUCAAAACGGGACAGGGUUCAAAGAAGGGAGGGGAGGAUAGAACUUGAAGGGGAAGAAAGAGAGAGUAGUAGAGGCAGAGACGAAGAGAGAAGGGAGAGGGAGAGGGAGAGGAGGGAGAAGGGAGGGAUGUGGGGGAAGGAGGCAAAAAGAGGAUGAAGAUAGAAACUCGAGUCAAGACCACCGCAGACAGGAAACGUGAAAAGUCAGAAGCUUGGGUUGAAGGAGCGAAAAUAAUAUGCAGCAACAUCAGCAGUAGCAGAAGAGCGCGAACGAACGAGACCCGAG